GGAGACACCAGGAACUGUGGAACCUCAUAUGCAGUGUCCUCUGCAGCACCCGCUUUCCAUGCAGCAGUGAUCUCAAUGGCAUCAACAGCUGCCUUCCACCAGGAUUCAAGCAGCAAAACAAGCUCCUUGGAAAAUGACGAAAGAAAAUGGAUGAUCCAGCAGGUAGCACAGCACAAUGUUCAUGCUAAGCAGAAAGAAAUGUCACCUUACUGCCUGCUCACCGUAAGAAUCAUAAAGAUGAGCAAUGCUUAUCGGGCAGAUUUGUUAAGUCAACCCGAUUGCUAUGUGAGUCUCUGGUUGCCAACUGCUUCAGAUGAAAAAUUCCAGACCAAAGCCAUCAAAAACUGCAGAAAUCCAGUGUGGAAUGAAACUUUCUAUUUCCAGAUACAGAGAGAAGUCAAGAACAUCCUGGAAAUGACUGUUUCUGAUGACGAUGUUAUUCAUGAUGAUGAGCAUGCGAUUGUUCUUUUUGAUCUAGCUAAACUCUCCCUUGGGGAAAAAGUGUUUAUGGCAUUUCCACUAAAUCCACAGGGGAGGGAGGAGCUGGAAGUUGAGUUUGCAUUGGAGAACAUCUGGAGUCCUCCUGAAGCCAUCAUCACAAAUGGAGCAAUAGUGUGUCGUGAACUAGCCUGCUUGGAAGUUCAGUUGGACAGAAGGAAGGAAAAGAAGCAUUGUGCAGAGAAAGAGCUAACGUUUACAGUGAGAGGAUCCUUUGAAGAAACCCAGAGAGUUUCACUGGGCUGUGACUCCCAUUCCCCUCUCCCAGAUCCCACUUUCUUCCACUAUGCCAAAUACAAACAACCCUCACUGGAUGUUGCAUUCACAAAGAAGAGGAGGCUUCCCAGCUUUUGUGCUUGUAUGUCCUGUGGAGCAAGAAAGAGCAGAAGUGUCCUGUUGUCUAUUCCUCUGAAGUCACUCCCUUCUGAGCGGGAAGUAGUCAGUGAGCACAGAAAAUUUGACUUGCGCUUUAAGGUGAAAAACUGCCAGGAAGACCUAGACGUGCGCCUGGGGUUUGACUUGUGUGGCCAGGAACAGGAUUUCAUUUGUAAGAGGAAGAAGGUGGUUGCAGCUGCUCUGAAGGAGGUCCUCCAGUUGGAAGAGGACUUGCAGGAGGAUGAGGUACCUGUGGUGGCAAUCAUGACCACGGGUGGUGGAACCAGAGCUCUGACGGCCAUGUAUGCUCACCUUCUAAGUGUACAGAAACUGAAUGUUUUGGACUGUGUCUCAUACAUCACUGGUUUAUCUGGCACAACAUGGACCAUGUCAAAUUUGUAUGAAGAUCCUGACUGGUCCCAAAAAGACCUUGAGGAAACUCUCAAGGAUGUCCGAAAGCACGUGCUCAAAAAUAAGUUCUUUGCUUGUUUUGCACCGGAUCGUCUAAAAUACUAUUUAAAAGAGUUGUACCAGAGGAAGCAAGAUGGACACCAGAUAUGUUUCACAGAUCUGUGGGGACUCAUCAUUGAAACCAUGUUCCAUGAUAAGGAAAACUCCCAUAAGCUGACAGAUCAGCAGCAGGCACUAAAUCACGGUAAGAAUCCCCUGCCCAUCUACCUCUCUCUCAAUGUGAAGGACAAAAUCAGCGACCAGGAUUUUAGAGAAUGGGUGGAAUUCACUCCUUAUGAGGUAGGAAUCCUAAAAUAUGGAGCCUUCAUUCGUGCAGAAGAUUUUGGUAGUGAGUUCUUCAUGGGUCGCCUGAUGAAGAAAAUACCAGAAUCCAGAAUCUGCUUCUUGGAAGGGAUCUGGAGCAGUGUAUUUUCUUUGAACCUUAUGGAUGCUUGGUUUAUAUCUGUUCAUUCAGAAGACUUCUGGUAUAGAUGGACCCGAGACAAAAUUACUGACAUAGAUGAUGAAACCCUAUUCCCUACAAGACCAAAUGAACUAGAUACUCGAGUGGUUUCUGCCCCUGAUAGCUUCUCAAACAUUUUCCGAGACAUUGUCAUGUUACGUCCAGCAGCUUCAGAAAUCCACAAUUUCCUAAAGGGCUUACAGAUGAACACCAACUACCUGGAGAGCGAGUUUUCUAAAUGGAAAGACUGUGAGCUUGACUCCCAGCCCAACCACCUGACAGGAGCAACAGACUCCCUCAUUCUGAUUGAUACUGCAUUUGCCUUUGCUACCAGUUACCCACCCCUUAUGAGACCAGAAAGGAAAGUGGAUGUGGUUUUGCAUUUCAACUACAGUUCAGGUUCACAAACAGGGCCUCUGAGAGAAGCCUCUAAAUACUUUGCAGAACAAGGAAUUCCUUUCCCUAAAAAGGUGCCAGAUGAGCAGGAAACACCGAAUCUGAAGGAAUGCUACAUUGCUGGUGACAAGGAAAGCCCAGAAACACCUAUUGUGGUAUUUUUCCCUCUAGUAAAUGACACCUUCAGGGACUACAAAGCACCUGGUGUGAAACGUAGUCCCUCAGAGAUGGCAGAGGGUGAUGUUGAUGUUGCCAAUACCUGUGGUCCAUAUUACAUAAACAAUCUGAGUUAUUCAGAGGAAAACUUUGACAAACUGGUGAAACUAAGUUACUACAAUGUCCAGAAUAACAAAGACUUGAUUCUUCAGGCCUUGCGCACAGCAGUGGAGAGGAAAAAGCAACAUAAGAAAUAG